AUGAUAGCACUGAUAAUCAUUACAGUGUUGGACAUAAAAGAGCGUGGGAGUAUACCCAAAGAAGGCUUUACUAUUCUGCCGAGGCCCUUCGAGGAGACCAAUCCCGACCGAGUCGAGGCCGGCCAGCUGUUCGACAAGGACAUGCUGCUGACGGAGGCGCAGUGGAGGGACCUCGCCUUGAGGAAGGGCCUGGCCUCUCAGAACUACCGCUGGCCAGAGAGCGGAGACGGCUUCCCGCACGUGCCUUACCGCUUCGCCGACGCUAACGUGGACCAGGUCGCGGUCAAAGCCGGCAUCGCGCACUGGGAGCAGCACACCUGCCUCAAGUUCGACCUGACCACCAAUGAGAACCAGCCUCACCUCAAGUUCCAGAAGCUGAGCGGCUGUUGGUCGUACGUCGGAUACAUCUCGCAGUUUUCCACCGGCCAAGACAUCUCCAUCGGCCAAGGCUGCACCUCCCUGGGCACAGUCGCCCACGAAAUCGGCCACGCCAUCGGCUUCUACCACGAACAGUCCCGCCCGGAUCGCGACGACAGCAUCCACAUCAAUGAGGAAAACAUCGUGGACGGAAGAGAAAACAACUUUGCCAAGAAAUCCGACAGUCUUGUGGACAGUCAAGGAAUUCCAUACGAUUACUCAAGUGACAUGCAUUACGGCGGAUUUGGCUUCUCGAAGAACGGCCGCCUGACCAUCGCCACGGUGGACCCCCGCAACCAGGAGCUGAUCGGACGUCGCGACGGCCUGUCGCACCGGGACACGCACCUCGCCAACCUCAUGUACGGAUGCAUCGACAAGUGGAAGCAGGCGUGUGGCAUGGACAGCGACCCCUGCCAGAACGGCGGAUACACUGGUGCAAACUGCGCGUGCGUGUGUCCGCAAGGAACAUCCGGGUCUUCAUGCGAAACACUCGAAGAGGAUUAUUUUGCCUCGCAACGCAGUGACUGCAGUGCGCGCAUCACAAGCCCUGGCACGGUCACCUCGCCCAACUACCCGAGUAACUACCCUUAUGGAGUGGUAUGUGCCAAGUGGGUAGUGGCACCUGAGUGCAAGCUGCCCAGAGUCACCUUCACUGCCUUCAGGCUCUCCGACUGUUGGGACAAGCUGGAGAUUCGAACCAGCAACCGCUACGAUGGCGACUUCUACUGCGGGACCAGCAUCGCCCCGGGUACCUCGUUCACCUCCACCACCAACGAGCUCAUCCUGAUGUUUUACACAAGGACCAAUUACGAGACGGGUUGGUCUGCGGACGUCACUUUCAUCGACGACCCCAACUGCAGCCCUACCACUCAGCCACCAACCACACAACCACCCCACUCACCACCAACCACUCAGCCACCAACUACACCACAACCCUCUCCAGACUGUUCUUUACUCUCUGCCAGCGAAGGAGUAACUUGGCUGUCCCCCAACUUCGGCUUCGAGAACUAUCCCAACGACUUCACUUGUGGUCUUAAGGGAACCGCUGACUCACCAUACAUGACCACCUUCAAGAUCAACUCCUUUAAACUACAGAAGAAGAAGCUCAAGAAAUGCGUCGACUUCGUUGGGAUUCAGAUUCCUUACAACAGGACCGUGAAGCUCUGCGGUGCAAGGAAAGGGUCCAUUUUUGUUCCGAACCUGAAUCUGGAAGCCAACUUCGUCACCGACAACGCUGUAACGGACGUCGGAUUCAACGUCAGCAUCACGUGGCAAAAAACGCAGUGUCACCGCGUCAUCGAACUUUCGGACGACUCCGCGACGGGCGUCAUCCAGAGUCCAGGAUUCCCAGAGAAUUAUCCGAAGAAUUCCGUCUGCGAGUGGUGGAUUGUGGCUCCAGAAGGUAAGAGAGUUCACUUGGAGUUUACGAAAAUCAGCAUCAAGGACAGGAAAUGCCUUGGGGCUUACAUCGCCGUGGACAAGUCAGGCCGGGCCUCCUACAUGCCCGAACACAGCUCCCUCCUUUGCGCUGGGAUGAAGACCUCCUGCCUUGUCUCCGAAGGACGCACCGUGAACGUCGCCUUCGCGGGCGGAUCAAGGACAUCCAAGGGCUUCUCUGCUCGCUACACUGUGGUGUAA